GAUAAAUCCGCGAGCACAAAAGGCAAAGCAAUUGGGUGGAAAAACUGGAUUCGCAAACGAAAUGAAAAUAAACUAACAAAAAUAGCUGCAAACAACUGUGGGAGAGCAGAAACAAACAAAGAUCGAACUCAACUUUCUUAGCCUGUGUAUUUGCUGGUGUUUUUGUGUGCCUAUGUGUGUUCGCCUUCGUUUAUAUCGCUGCAGCAGGAGACCAAUAGAUUGUGGAGGAGGAGAAGGAGGGAAAGCAUUUGGUUUUUGCAAGGAAAAGCAUAGCCGCCACCUUUGUAAUUACGCCAACUUUGUGGGAGUUCAAGUUUAGCUGCGCGCCUGUGUGCGUAUCCGUGUGUGUUUGUGCUGUGUUUGAAAUUUUGUAUGCUCGUGUGUGUGUGCAACACCCCCCAAGCCUGAGCAAAACACACGCAUACACAGACAUCCAAGAGCCACACGGAUUGUGUGGGCCGCCAGGAGUAGGAGCAGGAGGAGGCUGAGGCUGCUGCUGCUGAUUUCCGUUCCCCCCUUCUUCUGGUGGCGUUCACCGGUCGCGGCAGCACCUUGUGGCCAUCCGCUGGAUACGGAUUUUGUGACGGCGGCGACACCACAAACGCCGAAGUGGAUGCCCAUGCACGCGGUGGCCUGGGCAUUGCCCAGGACUUUGGCAUGGGUCCCGGUGCCGGUCCGCCCGCUCACAUGUACGGCGCCGUAGCCCCCCAGGACAUUAUUGUCCGGGACAUGGUGCAGAUGCCACCGCCGCCGCCCUCGAAUGCACCCACAUCGGCGGACGCCUGCCUGAGCAUUGUCCACUCGCUGAUGUGCCAUCGGCAGGGCGGCGAGAGUGAGGGAUUCGCCAAGCGCGCCAUUGAGUCGCUGGUGAAGAAGCUGAAGGAGAAGCGCGACGAAUUGGAUUCACUGAUAACGGCCAUCACCACAAACGGUGCCCAUCCGAGCAAAUGCGUGACCAUUCAGCGCACUCUCGACGGUCGCCUGCAGGUCGCUGGACGCAAGGGCUUCCCGCACGUGAUCUAUGCACGCAUCUGGCGUUGGCCCGACCUGCACAAGAACGAGCUGAAGCACGUCAAGUACUGCGCCUUUGCCUUCGAUCUCAAGUGCGAUUCGGUGUGCGUGAAUCCCUACCACUAUGAGCGCGUCGUCUCGCCGGGCAUCGAUCUGUCCGGCCUCAGCCUGCAGUCGGGUCCCAGCCGCCUGGUUAAAGACGAAUACUCAGCUGGCCCAUUGGUCGGGGGCAUGGACAUUGAUGGCAAUGAUAUUGGCACCAUUCAGCAUCAUCCCACGCAGAUGGUGGGACCCGGCGGCUAUGGCUAUCCCCAGGGACCCGCUGAAUAUGUUGGCGAUGGCAGUCCUUUGGGUGCAAUGUUCUCCACUGGCCGAACAAUACCAAAAAUUGAGCCACAGGAUGGCGUUGCUGGAUCGCGCAGUUCGUGGAUGGUGCCGCCUCCGCCGCGGCUUGGCCAGCCAACGCAACAGCAGCAGCAGCAACAACCCCCGCCGCCCCAACAGCAGCAGCAGCAACAACAGCAACAGCAAACCCAAUCCCAGGCAGCCCCGCACGCACUUUCUGUACCUCAUGGUAUGCCGGGCAUGCCAGGACCCAUGAAUCCUGGCCCAGUUAUGGCGCCGCCACCCCCGCCCCAACAAGCACAGAAUCCCCAGGGCAAUGGUGUGCAUCAUGCCCAGGCCAAUUCACCCACAGAUCCCGCCUCCGCAAUGGCCAUGCAGCAGCAGCAACAGCAGCAACAACAACAGCAGCAGCAACAGGCGCCGGGUGGCGUGCCCAAUGGACCGAAUGGAGCUGUCAAUGCCAGCGGCGGACCUGGCAGUGGUGGGCAGUACUAUGGUCCACCACCCACAUCCAACCAGAUGCAGAAUGUGGGCGAGAACAAGUUCAGUGGCAGCGGAGGUGGCGGUAACGCAGGCCCCGGUUCAGCCGUUCAUCCGCAGCAGAAUGGUUAUGUGUCGCAGUCAGGAUCCGCCAAUGCAGCAGCACCCUUUGGGGCACCACCACCCACCUCCCAGCAGCAGCAGCAACAGCAGCAGCAACAACAACAGCCGCCAUCCAAUGUUCAAGCCAACUCAUCAGCUGGCGGAGCACAGGCCAGUGGUGGCAGUGGAGCUGCUGGGACCUGGACCGGGCCCAACACUCUAACCUACACACAGUCCAUGCAGCCGCCCGAUCCGCGCUCACUGCCGGGUGCUUUCUGGAACUCAUCAAUGUCCGGUGACCUGGCCUCCCCACAGCAGACGCCGCCACAGCAACAGCAGCAGCAGCAACAACAGCCACGCCUGCUCUCACGUCAACCGCCGCCAGAGUACUGGUGUUCCAUUGCCUACUUUGAGCUGGACACGCAGGUGGGGGAGACCUUUAAAGUGCCCUCGGCCAAGCCGAAUGUCAUUAUCGAUGGCUAUGUGGAUCCCUCCGGUGGCAAUCGCUUCUGCCUGGGAGCCCUCAGCAAUGUGCAUCGCACAGAGCAAUCGGAAAGAGCCAGGCUGCACAUUGGCAAGGGCGUUCAGUUGGAUCUGCGCGGUGAGGGCGAUGUCUGGCUGCGCUGUCUCAGCGACAAUUCUGUGUUCGUACAAAGCUAUUAUCUGGAUCGCGAGGCUGGCCGAACGCCUGGCGAUGCUGUGCACAAGAUCUAUCCGGCAGCGUGCAUCAAGGUGUUUGAUUUGCGUCAGUGCCACCAGCAGAUGCAUUCGCUGGCCACCAAUGCGCAGGCAGCUGCCGCAGCACAGGCAGCCGCUGUGGCCGGUGUCUCCAAUCAACAGAUGGGCGGAGGCGGCAGAAGCAUUACAGCGGCCGCUGGCAUUGGUGUGGACGAUCUGCGACGUCUUUGCAUAUUGCGUCUGAGUUUUGUCAAGGGCUGGGGACCCGACUAUCCACGACAGUCGAUCAAGGAGACGCCCUGCUGGAUCGAGGUGCAUCUGCAUCGUGCCCUGCAGCUGCUCGACGAAGUGCUCCAUGCCAUGCCCAUCGAUGGGCCACGAGCGGCUGCCUAGCCGCCGUAGGAUCCCGGCAGCAUUCAUAUUUAUUAACCAUAGCAAGGCACACACAACGCAUGUCUACGUUUAGGAAUCGAAAGUUUGCAAAGAGAGAGAUUUGGUUUUUGAUGAUUUGAUUGCAAUUCUGGAUUAUGUUUGCCUUUAAUUAUUUAAUAAUGAUUUUUAUAAAAAAUUGAAACAAGUGAAGCGCAGUUUUAAGCAAGCAACUAGUUUUAUGUACUAUAAUUAAAUACAUACAAAGUACACGCACCCCCCAAACACACACACAAGCUGAUGGACAGACAAGAAGCAUACACAAUCAUCAUCAUCCUCCCCAGCCAGCCACAAAUUCAGCAGCAUCGAUACAGCACACACAUACAUACAUAUGGAUGUAAAAUGCAACAAGCGAAACAAGUAGUUUGUAACAAAUAAGUUUAAUAAACAGAACAUAAACGAAA